AUGAUUAGAAUUGAGUUGUGUGAGGUGAUGGAGAAACAAGUUAGUUUCAAAGGUGCAAAAAUGGAAAAACAACAAAGUUUUAGAAAUGGGGUGAUGGAAAAGCAGAAGAGUUUUAAGAUAGUAAUGGAGAGGCAAGUUAGUUUUAGUAUUGAGAAGAAAAGGGGUAAAGAAUCACCAGGGAAAAGAGGGGAUUCACCUCUUCACCUUGCAGCUAGAUCAGGCAACUUAGGAAAGGUGAAAGAACUUGUUGGGAAGUUUGAUGGUAAUAGCGAUAAAGGGAUUAAAGAUUUGUUGUCUUUGCAAAACCAGCAAGGUGAGACUGCAUUAUAUAUUGCUGCAGAGAAUGGGCAUACUUUGGUUGUUGCAGAGAUUUUGAAACAUUUGAACCUUAAAGUUGCUUCUCUUGUGGCAAAUAAUGGAUAUGAUGCAUUCCAAGUUGCAGCAAAGCAAGGUCAUCUUGAAGUACUGAAGGAACUAUUGCAUUCAUUUCCAAACCUGGUUAUGGCCACAGAUUCAUCAAAUUCUACAGCCUUACAUACAGCAGCUGCUCAGGGACACGUUGAAGUCGUAAAUCUUCUUCUGGAGAUUGAUUCGAACCUUGCUAAGAUAGCUCGGAACAAUGGGAAGACUGUGCUUCAUACAGCAUCAAGAAUGGGCCACUUGGAAAUAGUUAAAUCCCUUCUGAACAAAGAUCCUGAGAUUGGCUUUAGAACAGAUAGUAAAGGGCAAAGUGCCUUGCACAUGGCUGUAAAGGGACAAAAUGUUGACAUUGUGCUCGAAUUAAUCAAACCAAAUCCUGCUGUAUUGGCUUUGGAAGAUAACAAAGGAAACAGAGCUCUUCAUAUUGCAACAAAAAAGGGACGGCCACAGAUGGUACAAUGUCUGAUAUCACAAAUUGGAUCCAUCGAGUUGAAUGCCAUUAAUAAGGCUGGAGAAACAGCUCUUGAUAUUGCUGAAAAGUUUGGAAUGCCAGAGCUUGUUUCCAUUUUGAAGGUGGCGGGAGCUGCCCAUUCCAAAGAUCACGGGAAGCCCCCAAAUAAUACGAAGCAACUCAAGCAGACUGUCAGUGAUAUAAGACAUGAUGUUCAGUCCCAACUCCAACAGAGUCGUCAGACAGGCUUUAGAGUACGGAAAAUUGCAAAAAAGGUGAAGAAGCUACACAUUAGCGGUCUCAACAAUGCCAUUAACAAUGCCACGGUUGUUGCAGUCCUUAUUGCUACUGUAGCUUUUGCUGCCAUCUUUACUGUGCCUGGCCAGUAUGUUGAACAGAGAAAAAAUGGCUUUUCGCUUGGUGAAGCAAAUGUAGCCAAUAAAGCAGCUUUCAUUAUCUUCUUCUUGUUUGACAGUAUGGCCUUGUUUAUUUCCAUUGCUGUUGUUGUUGUCCAGACCUCUCUGGUUGUGAUUGAACCGAGAGCAAAGAAGCUACUCGUGUUCUGGAUAAACAGGCUCAUGUGGGCAGCUUGUCUCUUCAUCUCAGUGUCCUUUAUUUCGCUUGCUUAUGUGGUGGUUGGAUCAAAGGAAAGAUGGCUUGCUAUCUUUGCAACUGUGAUUGGUAGCACCAUAAUGAUCACUACUAUUGGCUCCAUGUGCUUCUGUGUGGUUCGACAUAGGCUAGAAGAGUCAAAGAUGAGGAAUAUAAGAAGAGCGGAGACAAAUUCACAUUCGUACGCAAUGUCUGUGGCAUCAGAUACAGAGCUUUACGGUGAAAGCUACAAGAGGAUGUAUGCAGUCUAGGAACAAAUAAAAGUCAGCUAACUUUUUGUCUAUGGAUGAAAAGGACCAAGCUAAUAUAUGCCGUUCUAAACCAUGAAGUUUGAUGAACUUAUAUCGAUGACACCAGGUUCCAAAGGUCGAGCAUACAAAACAUUUAUGCUAGUUAGGAA